AUGGCUACCCCCACCCCAGCAACCUGCCAAUCCCAAUUCGAACAAGGCGUCGCCAUCGCCCUGCAUCUCUGGCCCGCUCUCUCCCUCGCCGUGCAGAACAACUGGGGCGGUCCCGACUCGGCCGACAAACGCGACUGGUUCGCCGGCGCCGUCGUCGACCUCUUUCCCGACCUGAACAAAGUGCUCGCUCCUGCGUCCGAAAAGCAACAACAACCCUCGAACACAACAAAAAAGUCCACCGACGACCAUGAAGAAGCAACAGAAGAACCCGACCAGCUCGAUAUCGAGACCGUCCUCCUGCAAGUAAUGCUGGACGAGUUUGAGGUCAACGUCGACGACGACUCAGCCUUCGAGGUGGCCGAGCAGAUCCUGCGCGUGCGCCUGGGCUGUCUGAAGGGCAAAUUCGACGAGGUGGAUGCGCUGCGCAGGCGGUUCGAGGGCAAGGGAGGCAACAAGCAGGUGGUGUUCAAGAAGGCGGAGGACCAGGAUAACGACACGGAUUGGGACACGGAUGACGACGAGGAGGUCGACAGUGAUGAGGAGAUGGGUGAGGCGCCGGCGUUGGUUCCUACCACGCAGCAGCCAAAGGAGAAGGUCGAGCCUGAGGUGGAUGAGGAUGGGUUCACCAAGGUCGUGGGCAAGAAGAGGAGGUGAAUUGGUUUUUUGUUCCUCC